GGCUGAUUUGGCAACAGUCCAUAUAUCACGGUCGGCAUGGAAGUCACUCGGCUUGUUUGUAGUAACGCGUUUGUGUCAUCCUGACUGUAUUGACAUUGACCUUCAUUUGAAGAUAGGUGUUAUAAAAAAGAAGAAACUGUAGUGACGCAUUCGCUGUUGCUAUAUUGUGCUACAUACCUUCAAUAUCCUCACUUUAGCAGUUCUAACAUUACUGCUACAUAAUUGUUGAUCUAACCUAUAUUCGUGAAAACUAAUGACUCGUUAACGUAUUUAUGUGAUUUUAUAUCGAUUUAGGCAGCUGUGUGUGACAAUAAAUAAUGGCGUCAGGAUUAGAGAGUUACGUGAAUCAUACAGUUUCCAUUAUCACGUCGGAUGGUAGGAAUUUCAUUGGUACGCUAAAAGGUUUUGAUCAAACCAUCAAUCUAAUUCUGGAUGAAUCACACGAGCGUGUAUACAGUACAACACAGGGAGUGGAGCAGGUUGUCUUGGGUUUGCACAUUAUCAGAGGAGAUAAUGUAGCGAUAGUAGGAGAGAUAGACGACGAAAUGGACGCGAGAUUGGAUUUAUCAACAAUACGAGCUGACCCUCUAAGUUCUAUCACACAUUAACGAAUAUAUAUAUCUGAAAUUGCAAUUUGGAAUCGUCGUCUAUUUUCAUCUAAAUUUAAAAUAAGAACAAUCGCGAGCAUUAUAA